UCCCGACUUCAUCUCUCGGUAGCUCUUUUUUGAAGCAAAAGGGUGGAGAUGGAGAGGAGAGGCGGUUGCUUGAUCGCCAUGUACGGCGGAGGCCGGGACGCCGACGUCGCGUGGAAGGUGGGGCAGAUCAUGCUCAGGUACCGUCCGAUCGCCCCCAAGCCUACCUCCCCCGCCGGUUCCCCGAAGAUCUCACCCGUUCCCGCUGAGACGCGGGCCGCGGCAAGGAGGCCAAAGAGGAAAGGAUCCGCCAACCCUAGCGGCGGCGGGAGGGGGAGGAAGACCGGGAAGGUCGAUGUGACUGCGGGGUCGUCGUCGUCGAUCAACGACGAUGAGAAGUCGUCUUCGACGACGACGUCCUCGUCGAUGAUCGUGACGCUGCCAUUGAUGCCGGAAACGCCGGAGAGGCAGUGCGAGCUGGCGGAGUCGCCGAGGAAGCCUUCGAGCCCCAUUACUCCUGAUGCGGCGGCGUUGCCGCGGGUGGUUCCACCGUGGAUGGGGCAGAAGCAGGUGGGAGGAGCGGUGGUGGCGUUGGGGUCGUGGGUGACGGUGGCAUGCGUGACGGACUCGUGGCGGGAGGAGGAUGUCCCAUGGAGGAGCGACGAGGCAGUGACGGCAGCGCUGUCGUUGGACGAGAGCCCCGGGUUCGUGUCGGACGGGUGGGACCGAGUGAUGUGGACCAACGAGGCGUACCGGCGGAUGGUGAUGGGAAGGGAGGAGGGGGAGGAGCAGGCGGAGGAGGUGAAGGUGGGACUGGUGACGGGCGGGUUAGUGCCGGCAGCGGCGGCGUGCCGGGCAUUCACGUGCCGGGUGCGCGUCAGGCCGGGGACGGAGAGGACCUCGUCCUCGCCGCUGGCGGCGCCGUGUGACGUGUGGAGGCUGGACAGCGGCGGCUGCGCGUGGAGGCUCGACGUCAAAGCGGCGCUAAGCCUGAGCUUGUAAGAGACGGUGGAGAGCGGAAGGGAAGAAGAAUGUAUGUAAAUAGUUCUGGUAUAUGUACGGUUUAUCUACGGUGACAAAUACAGGUACAUCAACUGCUACCAAAACCUCA